GGCGUAUAUAUUGAGGCUACACUAGACUGGCAAGCUGGACAUACUAGUUUGACUGGUGGUAUAGGGAAAAGCUGUUGUCCGUUGGCUUUCGAAUGGAUUUCAAUAAAGUGCUACAAUGUCGAACAAAAAAUAUGGUGGAGUACCCAGAGGGGAGAUGACUGAUAAAGAGCUGAUACAAAAACAACCCGAUCACAAUGAACAGCUGAAGAUAAAAAAGGUCACAGAGGCCCAACAAACGCAAAGUCCAUGGAGGAAAUACUUGAUGGCUGUAUGGGCUGUGCUGGAAUGUUUGUUGUUCGGAGGCCUGGUGUACGGAUGGGGCUCUCUGGUAUUUGUGUUCAAGAAAGAGGGGAUUUACGCCGAGCUCUGUUCUCACAGGGGAGACAACUCCUCCAACAUCACUAUACCAGCAGAAAAUAUGUCUGGAGUCAUCAGCUGUCGAGAGCAGGAUGAAAAGUUACAGCUCGCCUUCACCGUGGGAACGACCUUGAUGACGAUCUCUUCACCAAUUCUAGGUCACAUCCAGUACACGUCUGGGACACGGAUGGCCAGAAUCGUUUUGAUAUGUUUCUUCCUGUGUGGAAGUCUGGUGACUGCCUUCCUUACCACCUCCACCCCUUGGCUGGUAUUCCUAGGCUUGUCGUGCCUAGCUAUCGGCGGUCUGCCCAUUGUCAUCACGAAUAUACAGGUGGCUAACCUGUUUGCUGUGGGAGGGUCCACCGUGGUGGGCUUACUGUGUGGCUCAUUUGAUGCCUCAGCCGCUGUCCAGUUGGUUGUCAAGAUUGCCUACGAAAAUGGCAUUUCCCGACAGUACUCGUACUUGUUCAUCUCUGCCUUGCACGUCAUGGUCAUCUUCAGUACAUUUGUACUGCUUCCUAAAACCUUCAUCCCCAAAGUGGAGCCUGACAAAAGUGACCUUGAUGAGGCAGGGGAGGUAGUCAAAGCCCUUAAUGAAAACGAUAACCCAGCCGUACACUCGGAGGAGCUUCCGCUGAGAGAUGUGAAGCCAAGCCUUCUGAACUGUACGCUAUCUCGGGUCUUCCUCUCUCACGUGUUCUGGCUGAGUGUAUUACAGCUACGCUUUUAUUACUUCAUCGGUACACUGAACCCCUGGCUGAACUACAUCACAAAUCAGGAGGAGAGCUUAGUCAGUCACUACACAAAUGCCAGUUUGUUUACCCAACUGGGAGGUGUUCUCACCUCUCUUUUCUGUGGCUUCAUAUAUGACCUGGAGAGAAGACGAAACAAUAGUAAACCUUCUAUCACAGAGCGCCGCCUGCAGCCAUCGGUUGUGCCCUUGACCUUGACCUCUUGCCUUGCUCUGCUGCUUUCUUGUCUGGUCCUUGUUCCCUCUGCAGAGGUCCUGUAUGUGGACUUCAUCGUGCUCACUUUCUUCAGGUCCUUCAUGUACGGGACAGCAGCUGCUUUUCUACAAAUGGUAUUUCCUGCAGACUACUUUGGGUUUUUAUAUGGUAUGCUGAUAGUUAUCAGUGGAGUUCUGGGAUGUGUACAGUACCCUCUCUUUAUUUGGCUAGAGACGCCCCCAAAAGGGCCUCAGAAGGUGAAUAUUUUCCUACUGGUACUAAUGUUUGUCUCCCUGAUCCACCCGAUAAACAUCUGGCUUAACACCAAACGUGGUGCCAACAAUAUUGCCGAAUCAGAGUAUGUGUUCAUUGCAAAACGAAGCAAAUGCUUUUGA